AUGAAACCCUCCACUCCCUUCACAGUUAGAGCUGCUGCUAAUGGUCUGCAAGCAUGGGAAAUCAUAGAAGAUCUCUCUAAUCAUGUUGACCUUGUCUUAACUGAGGUAUUCCUGCCUGGCUUAUGCGGUGUCACUCUUCUAAGCAAGAUCAUGAGCCACAAGGCCUGCAAGAAUAUUCCAGUGAUUAUGAUGUCAUCCAACGACUCCAUAGGUACUGCAUUUAAAUGUUUGACAAAAGGUGCUGUUGACUUUCUGGUGAAGCCUAUUCGUAAGAAUGAACUUAAGAACCUAUGGCAACUGAUCGUGUCCGGAGGCUUGUCGAGUGGUGGAGGACACGUGACCUUCCCCUAUAGACUGGAGGAAGAAUUCCUGCACAAAAUGUGCAAUGGUUGCGGAGGAAGUUGCUCUCCUCCUGAUAACAGCUCCGAGGCAAGGAAGGAAUCGUCCACAUACAACAUGAUAUCCAGUUCAAAUGCGGCUCCUCUAAAACAAGGUUCCAAUGGCAGUAGUAACAACAAUGAGAUGUGCACCACUACCAGGAACGUAUUCACCAAACCAAAAUCAAACAAGGAAGAAACAGCAUUCAACUACAUUCGGACCACUGCAGUUCUCCAUCCUAAGCAGAUUCGAACCUCCACAAAUCAGCAAAUUGUCCAUGAGAAAGUGCAGCAUCAUCACCACCACCAUCAUCACCAUCACCUGCACGUCCAUGAUAUGUCACAGCAGCUGCAGUCACCAGAUCCAGAUGACUUGCCACCUAACAUGGCAGCACCAGCUUCGCAAUGUUGGUCGUCCAAUGCCUUUAUUGAGCCAUUUGAAGAGACGAGUAGUAGACUCGGAGUUGGCGAUGCAAACGGCAAUCGGAGCAGUCGAGGAGUAGUUCAGAUGUGUUUUUCUCAAAGAGAGGCAGCCUUGAAGAAGUUCCGGGAAAAGAGGAAAGAAAGAAACUUUGUUAAAAAGGUGCGUUACCAGAGCAGGAAAAUACUUGCAGAGCAGAGGCCGCGUGUCCGUGGACAAUUUGUAAGACAGACCGUGCACGAAAAGAACAAGGAGGUGCAGCUGUUGCUGAACAUGAACAAGAGUAGUGUCAGCUCAAAGGGAAACCAAAUAAAGGCUGUCAACAAGAACGCUGCUGGAAAUAAUUCGCAGGUCAAGCACAAAAUUUGGGGUAUGAAGAUUUCAGAAGCAAGUAUUCCAGUUGGAUUCAAAAGCACAUUUUGCCAAAACAGAUCUCACACCACCUACGGCCAUGAGAAAGCCCCACAAGUGUCACGAAUACCAUGUUUUACAUAG